GAGGGUGACGAGUUACCGCCUGCUCUGCUUUGGUUUUGACGUUUAGUACUUAACCUUGUUUUCGUUUCUUUGUCCCUCCAAAAUCAAUUUCUUAGUUUUUUUUUUUUCAAGGUUUUAGCUUUUAGGGUUUUUAACCUAACCAACCGCCAUUAAAAUCCACCCAGGUUUGCGGUUUCCUAGGAUCCAAACACCACCCUUAAAGAACCCAAAACCAAAAUGCCGUGCAAAUGCGGAAGUCGUUCGACCAUCCGCGACGACGUGACGGGCAACCUCGUUUGCUCCAAUUGCUACACCCUCCUCGAUUUCGAUAACUUUGAAGCCCAAAUCGGCGGCAUCAGCGGUCCCAAAGGCACCAACAUCCACAUCGGCUACGCAGGUACCGGUUCUCUUUUCAGUUACAAAGACAAAAAAAUCUUCCAGGCAAAAACCUUAAUCCACGAAUACACCUUGAAUCUUAACAUAUCUUAUUCCGAAUCCGGCGUUACUUCUAUGAUCAAUGAGAUUACGGAAGGGCAGUUCGGUCAAGGCGAUUGGUUUAAUGUUCUAAUCGGUGCUUGUUCUUAUGUUGUUAUGAGGAGAGAUAAUAGGUUUUUACCCGCGGCGGAGGUUGCGGAGGUUGUUGGUUGUGAUGUUUAUGAGUUAGGUAGGAUGAUUGCUCGUGUCGUUAAGUUUUUGAAUUUGACUUUGCCUGAGGUUAGUAUCUCGGGUUUGUUUGAGAGAGAGUUGAAUAAUUCGAUGAGGUUGGAAAAUGUGGAUGGGGAGAAGAAAGAGAGGAUGAGGAAACAAGGGAUUUUUUUGGUCAAUUGUGCGGUCAAGUGGUUUUUAACCACGGGCAGGAGGCCAUUGCCUGUGGUGGCUGCUGUGCUGGCGUUUGUGGCGGAGUUGAAUGGGGUGGAGGUUUUGAAGAUUGAGGAUGUAGCCAAAGAUGUCUAUGCUGUUGUGUCUACUUGUAAGUUGAGGUAUAAAGAGCUAUUGGAGGCGCUUGUCCAGGUCGCACAAAUAUUGCCAUGGGGGAAAGAUGUGACAGUGAAAAACGUGGUAAAGUAUGCACCAUUCAUUAUUCGGUAUAUGGAGAUGAAGUCCAUGGAAAUGCCUGGAGGAGGGGGGAGGGGUGAGAAUUUUGAUUUGGAUGAUGUGGUUAGUGAGUGUUUGCAGAAAGCUGCAGACUAUGGGGAUGGCGAUAAAUUUUUUGAAAGUGAUUCUCAAUAUUUUGAGGGAGGGUAUAGAAAUGACUUUCCUAUAUUAUCUAAUGAUAAUGAUAUAGAAAACCUUAAGCUUUCACAUGAAUGCUUGUCCUUGAUCUAUACAAAGUUUUCAAACGAGGUUGAGGCUGAUAGGUUGAAAGGAAAAAGCGGAAAGGUUCAUGGGAGAAAGAGUAGGGGGCUUGAUCUUCAUGCAUGUAAGGAUUGGUGGAGUGGGAAAUCAGAAUUAAGUAAAAAGCUUCUUAUUCAGCAAAUUUUGGAGAAAGAAAUAGGUUUGGAUUUGAUGCCACCAUCUUUUAUUGCCGGCUGCAAGGCAAACGAGAGGAGAAGGAGAAAGAUAAAUGCUGCUAAGGUGCGAAUCAAUAAGAUCAUGGAUCCAUCCAAUACUGGUUCAGAUGGUAGUGGCAAUUUAAACUCUUCAGAAGUUGCUUAUUCUGGGAAGAAGAGAAAGAGAAGACAAGCCAGUGAAAUUGAUUGGGAAGAUUUUGUUAUUGAAACCCUACUCCUCCAUCAGGUGAAAGAAGAAGAUAUUGAGAAAGGGCAUUACAAAGCUUUGCUAGAUUUGCAUGUCUUUAACUCUGGGGUGAUGUGAGAGCUUCCAAUGCAGAAGGCAUGUUUGUGAGAAUCUUGCAUCCUUGACUGACUGAAAUUUUGGCGCAGAUUGUUUUGUCUGGAUUUUUUGUUUAAGCUUUUACUGCAACAGGAGACUUUUUGAUGGAUUGCAAUAUAUGAUAAACCAAUAAAGGAAAUUUUAGUAUAUACUCAGAUUUUGGAGCAGGGUCUUGUAGUUAAACUCUUACAAGAAGAAGAAGUUCAAUCACUUAUUUGUCACAUUCAUCAUUCUUUUGUAACUUGUUUAUAGAUUUAAUGUCUAAUUUUCUCCUUUGUUUUUUUUAUUACAUACCAUCUUAUUCACGCUACUAUGUUUGUAUACUGUUCUGCAAGCAGAAUGAUGAGGAAUUACUUCGGUUACAUGAACUAAUUUGAUGCUAGGUGGUAAAUGGGAGUUGACUUUUAAUCCCUGUUUUAAGUGUUAAUAAGCGUAGAAAAAGACUUCUGUUUCAACCUGGAUUUGGUCAUCAUCUAAACUAGAAUUGGAAUCAUUGCUUGUGUUAAUGCUAAAAUUUGAUCUUCUAAAGGAGUCUUUAUAGAGUGAAUGAAGUAUCAUGGUUAGAUUCCAACGAGGGUUAGAAACUUAGAAUCAAAGAUCUUGUCUUUUGAAAAAAGUGAUAGCUGCUUCUGGACUCCAUUUAUGUUCUGCUUUGCGUCAAAUGAUAUAUGUAUUUAGUGGUUAUAUUGAUAUUUGCUUGUGAAGCUAGUUAAUGAGAACUUAUUGCCAAAUUAGCUUUACUGGAGCUUCUGACUUAAUAUCAUUGUUUGUUGUUGCAAAGAGAGAAGCUACAUAUAGUUGCACCCAAUCCUUCUCCAAAUUUAUGGGAGUUUGAUAUAUUAAUUAUCCAACAUACAUAUAAUUUCAUCUUUGUUUGCUAUCUGUGUGACACGUGGACUGAGUUGAGUUACCCAACAGACUUAUUCUGUCAUUCUCUUAUCGCAUUUCAGCAUCUUUAAUUUCCUCCCAUCUGAAUCUUUUUUUAAACAACACUCCAGAGAAUUUGAAGAAGCCUACCAGGGGGAAUGUUCUUGCCAUUAAUCUGAAAAGGUUUUCGCCUUUUCACCUUCCUUGCUUCCCAUUUGACUUCUAUGUUUUAUUAAUUUCUCCCAUCUGAAUCGUUUUUUUGUUUUAUUUUUGGAAAAAGAAUAAUUCAUGGAAUGUAAAGAAACUUACCAGGGGAAUGUUCUUGCCAUUAAUAGAAAAAUGUUUUCGCCUUCUCCCCUUCCUUCCGUCCCAUCUCACGUUCAUGGUUUAUUACAAUUGUUUAAAAAAACGAUUCUUCAUUUCCUAAUCAGAUAUCCAUCCAAAAAAUAAAAAAAAACUAAAUCCCUUCAUUUCUUCUAUCUUAAUCACCUAAGAAAAUCUCAGUGUGUUGCCCAUCCAUUCUAGUUGGUAAAUGGCAUGUUCGAAUCAUUUUAAAAGCUAUUUUUUUGUAUACCCAGAAUAAUAGUCCUUUGGUAGGAUAAUUCUAUUUGUAGCUUCCUUAAAUCUAAGCAUUAAGUGUUGUUUAUUUUCAUGAAUUUAAUGAAUUAUAUCUCACAUGUUCUACUUUCAUUGAAUCAUUAUAGAAUUCCAGACCGUUGUUAUGUUA